GUCCACCAUAUGUACCGACAAAACCGGGACAUUGACGCAGAAUAAGAUGACAGUCUCUCAUCUGUGGUGUAAUAACACUAUCAUCGACGCCGACAACCUUAUUGGACACGAAGAUGGCAAUAAAGUGGAUACAGACUGCCCGGCCUGGAAAGCCUUAGUCAAAGUAUGCAGUUUAUGUAGUCGGGCUGAUUUUGUGGCCGGGCAGGAAAAAGUAUCACCACUCAAAAGGGAGGCCAUUGGUGAUGCCUCCGAAGUUGCAAUACUGAAGUACAUGGAGAUCAUCACCAGUGACGUCGAGGGCUUCCGCCGAAAACACCCCAAAGUAUUUGAAGUGCCAUUCAAUUCGACCAAUAAGUACGCCCUCACUAUAAACGAGUCGCGCGGGGAAGAGGGGCACUGGCUGUGUAUGAAGGGGGCG